AUGCGGUUUUUCUUUGGGAUGCUCAAGGAAGCUCUGAAAAUCCCCUUCAGAAACCCCAACCUCGUUGUCUUUUCCUUCCUCACAUCCCUCCCUUUGUUCACUUUCAUGCUCAUAAAUGAUUUCAUCAUUCAGCAGACCCUCAUUCAAACAGCAAAAAUCUUGACACAAACUCUUCAUCCCAACGAGUUCUUUGACUUUGAUGAGACGCCGCUGGGGCUAAUAGAAAGAGCAAUCGAGGAGGUUUCUCACAAAGUCCUCCUGGGUUUCAUUUAUCUUGGAGUCGUCCAUUUCUUAGACUUCCUCAACACAGUGGCAAUUGUGGAUUCAGCAUCAGUCAUCCACAAGGGAGAGACACCCAUGAAUCUUAUGGAUAUGUUAUGCAGACCCAUGAAAGAAAUAAGGUUUAAAGGGCCUCUGAUCACAUCCAUCUACACUUUUAUACUGGCUUCUUUCGUUUUCCUUGGUCUGAUUUCUCUGGCAACGCAUGUAUUUAUUUUCUCAAACGAGGUGUUCUUUUUUAUAUUAUUUGCGGUACUCUUUAUAGCUUUAUUAAUAAAAUCAGUGGAAUGGAGUGCUAUAUGGAACAUGAGCAUUGUGAUCUCAGUGUUGGAAGAGAAACAUGGGGAUGUAGCACUAGUGUUGUCGUCGUAUCAUAGCAGAGGUAGCAGGCAAUUUGGUUCUCUCUUCAUGCUCGUUUUCUUUGUUUGGAGCUUUGCGCUAAGAGGAUCAUGCCUCUAUAUGGGGUGGAGUGGAGGAGGAAAUGGGAUUAGAAUCACAUCUGCAUAUGUUGGCUUGGUCUGUUUGGGGAAUACAAUGAAAUGGCUGGUUUUUGUGGUUUACUUACACAACUGCAAGAACCAGAGGCUGGAGAGGGUUGACCCGGAGGUGGGAAGAGCAGCUGAAGCUGUUAAAGAAGGAUAUGAUCAAGGCAGCAGCACUAUUUAA